CACACUCCGCAAGGGUCACACGUACUGCUCCACGCUCCACUCUCCACUCUCUCGUCCCUCCUGCCACGCCGGGAUUGAUUUUAGUGUGCCUUAAACUUGAUCCAACACAGAAAGGAUUAUGCAUUUGUGUGUCAAGACUUCAGCAGUGAAGGGUAUCUUAGAACAGCAGUGAAGAACUGUUUUGUUAGUGUAUUUAAAAAAAAAAAUCUGGCAUAGAAGAGCUUAUACGCAGUGAAAGUGCCCCAGUACAUGAAGUUGUUGUGAGUGGAGUGUUAGUGGCAUACCCUGGAUGUACUAGCAGGCGCCCCAGCCACUGUGAUGCCUGCCUUAUGUAUUGAGGAAUACGCCGCAGAACCCACUGUCACUUGUUAUACAGCGGGACCCAUUUUCAAGAAAAUGAAAGUCCUUAAAAAGUUCAAGAGACGCAUGGGAUUGGCUGGUCGUGGGUCGGGGUCUUCUAACCUGCCGCCACUGACGUUUCACCCAGUAUGUGGCGACAACGUCCGCAUCUCCAACGACGGCAAAGUAGCACGCAGGGCAGAGAGCUUCUGUAAGGGCAUCGCCUUCUCCAAUCGCCCCAUCAAGGUCGGCGAGCGUGUAUGCUUGCGUCUUCUGGAGGUGUCUACCAACUGGUCAGGCGUCAUUCGUUUUGGGUUCACAUCACAGGACCCAGCUGGUCUGCGUGAUGCGCUGCCUAAAUAUGCCUGCCCAGACCUGACAAACAAGCCUGGCUACUGGGCCAAGGCUCUCAGUGAACGCUUCGCUGAACAAGGCAGUGUUCUCUUUUACUAUGUCGACUCGACCGGGGAUGUACACUUUGGCAUCAACGGCGAGGAGCGGGGCGUGUUCUUCGGUGGUGUGGACACCCGAUCACAGCUCUGGGGCCUCUUCGACGUGUACGGCAACAGCACAGCAAUGGAGUUCCUGGACCCUCUGGCUCAGCUCAACAACAGAGUUCGAAUAAUGAAUGACCUGAGCCCAGGUUCCUCAGCGGCCAACUCCCGAGUAUUGCCUCAGUCACAGACUCCGGCGCCGCCACCACCACAGCAGCAGGCACCCUCACAGCAGCCUCAGCCGCCACAGCCAGCGAGACCCGACUCGGGCGUCGACAGGUUACAACCGUCCAUGGCACAGCUGGCACUAACGCCUCGCUCUCCGGACACACUGCCUCUGCGUCACUACUCCCACACCACCUUCACACCACUGCCCUUCCACCGCGUCCGUGGCCGCAACGUACGCAUGAACAAUGACCGAACUGUGGCAGCACGCACAGAGACCGAAUACUCCCACGGCUACGUAUUCACAGCCCGGCCGCUGCGGCCAGGAGAGAAGCUGGUGGUGCAAGUCCUGCACACAGAAGCCAUGUACGUGGGCGCCCUUGCUUUUGGUCUGACGUCAGCUAACCCAGCAGGUUUAGAACCCACGGACCUCCCCGAAGACUGCGAUCUUUUGCUGGACCGUCCCGAGUACUGGGUAGUGAGCAAGGACGUAGCAGCAUCCCCACAAGCCGGCGACGAGCUGGCCUUCGCCCUCACGCACCAUGGCGAGGUCACCUUUUCUCGGAACGGCGCCACCCCGCAGGUGUUCAUGCACGUGGAUCACACAUUGCAGCUGUGGGCCUUCUUCGACGUGUAUGGCAACACCAGCAAGAUCCGCAGCCUGGGCGUCAACCACGACUCUCAGCAGACUUAUGCACAACAAAAUGCCUCCAACUCUCCCCCUCGUCGACCAGAGCCUGUGGGCAGGGCCUCUCACCCUCAGCUGUCACGAGCGUCGCCCUUGGUAGUUAGCUUACCACCCAGCCCGCCCUCGCCGCCCGCCACCCACCCACACCCAGUACCACCACCCCCUGUGCCCUCCUCCCGAGACACCUUAGGUGGUCAUGGCACCAUGUCCUCUGUGUACAGUGGGGCCUACAUGGAGCCUGUGUCAGCCACCUCCACCUUGACCUCUAUGGGAGACCUGCCAACAGGCCCUGCCCUGCAUGAGUGCACUGUAUGCUACGAGAAGCCCGUGGACUCUGUGCUGUACAUGUGUGGUCAUAUGUGUAUGUGUUAUGAAUGUGCGCUGCAACAGUGGCGAGGACGUGGUGGUGGUCAGUGCCCCAUCUGCCGUGCCGUGAUCCGUGACGUGAUCCGCACCUACCGGUCAUGACGGGGCCCCCCGGACUCCCCUGCCCCCACCCCUCGCUUACCGCCACCCAUGGGUCACCAGCCCACAGGUGCGCGCGUUGGUGUGGGCGUGGACGACCCGUGAUACCUGCUCAUACCAAAGGUGGUUGAUUUUUGUGCCGAGCCUGGCGCCGGCCAGGGCCGUAAUGUCUAGUCCUGCCCUGCCGCGCAUACACUGUAUGUGCCGCGCCCCGAGUGUCUGUGUGUGUGUUAGCUCCAUGUGGUGUGGCCCUGGGUGUUCCUGGCCGCCCUUACCUCUGGUCUAAGUCAGCUGUGGUAGUGUGUACAUAGCGUGGCCGGCGGGCACAGUCAGCAGUCCCGCCCCCCGGCCCUCCCUUGGCCACGCCCCCUUCCUGGCCCUCUGUACAUAGCUAUUAUUAAUUUAUGGGUUACUCGCCCCUCCCUUUGUAAACCCUGUCAUUGUUUUUAUACUAUGGGUACCGUGUGAAUAUACAGUAUAUGUUUUUUAUAUUCCCUCAUUGCAUUAUUCAUUUUUCUUGUGGAAGCUAAGCCAUUAUUUCAUUCAUUCCAUCAUCAUCAUUUAGAAAUUAAAAAUAAAAUUUCAGAAUAUUA